AUGAAACUUCCCAUUCGAUCCCCCUUCUCCGAGGGCCUAGUGCCUCGCGAUCUAUGGAGACGAGGUGCUCUAUCCUUUGCCGCUGCUGCACUUUUCACAUUCAUAGUGAACUUCUCCUUCACUAUCUGGACGAUGACAAAGGAGGCCCCCGAUGGCGUCGGUCUCAUCUGGGAGGGUGAACAGACGAUCGUGAAAGCUUGGAAUACAGCCAUGCACAUCGUCAUCAAUAUCAUCAGCACCAUUCUGCUUGCGGGAAGCAACUAUUGCAUGCAAUGCUUAAUGGCGCCAACGCGAAGCGAGCUUGACAAGGCACACUCGGAGAAGAGAUGGCUUGACGUUGGAAUACCGACAAUUCGAAACUUCAGGACAACAUUCGACACGCGUCUGCUCAACAAUACACAGUUCGACAGUUUCCCAAUCGCGACGUUCGACUACCGCAACGCUGACACCUGCCUUGGAGACUACGGCACGGCGUUUCAGUCCAAGCGAGGGAGCCAGGUUCUCGUUACCAAUGCCACAGAGGACGACGUAUUCUGGCCUCAAGCUGAGAUGGCUCAGUAUCCGCAAGGAGGUGUGUCCGGAUCGUACAAAUGGCUGUGCAAGGAGCACGCAUACAUGAUGGGUAACGAUUACGAAGGCGAAAGCCCAUGCGACGACAUGGUCGCAAACAUCAAGAAAGGCUCCAUUCCGUGGAGGCCGCUUGGCUUCGAAGUUCGGGCCUGCUACAACAAGGAGACAGCGGAGCAUUCAAAGCUGUUUUUCAGCAGGUCAAUCUGCUGGGUCGUGACUACACUUAACUUGGUCAAGGCUAUUCUCAUGGUGCUCGUCGCCUAUGAUGGCAUUGACAACGGAGAGCAACCGAUCUUGACUGUUGGAGAUGCCAUCGCCUCGUAUCUCCAGGACCCAGACAAGUAUACGCUAAAAAUGUGUCUGAAGUCGAAGAAGUGCUUCACCAAAAAGGAUUGGGAGCCAAGCGCAAAACCCUUUCAAGCUACAAGACACCGAAAGUUUAGUGGAGGUAGUGUGAGUCGAUGGGUUGUGUGCAUUUCCCUACGACUUGAUUCGGGGUCGGUCUCCCUGAAAAACUACGGGCCUGGCGCUGUCCAUAGCGACACCAUCAUGGAGAUCUUUAGCUCCGGGAGUAACGUCCUUAUUCUGAGCGUAAUCCUGGCAAACACCCCGCAAGUCCUGAUGUCACUCAUCUACUUCAACUACAACGCCCUUUUUACGUGCAUAUCUCUUGCCGCAGAAUGGGACAGGUUCUAUAGUGGAAAAAGGAAAGGUCUCCGAGUAUCUACCUGGCCCCAAGGCGACCAACGACAGACUUACUUCCUCCAACUCCCGUCACGAUACUCGUUGGCACUUGCUGCAUUUUCUGGUGGCCUCCACUGGCUUAUUUCACAGAGCAUAUUUCUUAUCAAAGUGGAGGCUUAUGGCGACGACGAUACAGUCCAAGGCGAGAUGACAUCUUCCGGGUGGUCUCCGGUCGGAAUCAUUCUCGUCUUGAUUGCAGGGGCUGUCCUGAUUGCAUUUCUUGUCACUUCGGGAUGCUUUCGUCUGCGUUACGGCGGAAUUCCUGUGGUCGGUAGCUGCAGUGCGGCGAUAGCUGCGGCGUGCCAUGCGGACCCAUCAGAAAGGGAUUCUUUGGCGACAUUGCCCCUGACUUGGGGCGUUGUUUCUGGAAAGGACGUCGAGCUGGGGCACUGCUCAUUUACGAGCAAAGACGCUGAGAAGCCGGUAGAGGGCUGUCUUUAUGAGUGA